AUGUCUUUUGAGGGCCGCGACGGCGCCGGCCCGGCCAUGCUGGCUACGGGCACGGCGCGGAUGGCGUCGGGGCGCCCCGAUGAGCUGUGGGAUGCCGUGGUGGGGGCCGCCGAGCGCUUCCGGGCCCGGACCGGCACCGAGCUGGUGCUGCUGACAGCUGCCCCGCCCCCACGCCCGGGCCCCUGCACCUACACCGCCCAUGGCCGGGGGGCCCUGGCCGAGGCCACCCGCAGCUGCCUCCAUGACAUCGCUCUGGCCCAUGGGGCAGCUACUGCCGCUAGACCUCCCAUGCCCCCACCACUGCAACAGCCACCUAGCCCUACACGGAGCACGCCUCAGCCAGCCCUGGCCAAGGAGGAAGAUGAGGAGGAGGAUGAGCCAACAGAGACGGAGACCUCUGGGGAAAGGCUGGGUGUCAGCGACAAUGGAGGACUCUUUGUAAUGGACGAGGAUGCCACCCUCCAGGACCUGCCCCCCUUCUGCGAGUCAGACCCCGAGAGCACCGAUGACGGCAGCCUGAGUGAGGAGACGCCUGCCGGCCCUGCGGCCUACUCCGUGCCCCCAGCCUCGGCCCUGCCCACGCAGCAGUACGCCAAGUCCCUGCCCGUCUCUGUGCCCAUCUGGGCCUUCAAGGAGAAGAGGACAGAGGCGAGGUCAUCGGAUGAGGAGAACGGCCAGCCGUCCUCGCCGGACCUGGACCGCAUCGCGGCGAGCAUGCGCGCCCUGGUGCUGCGGGAGGCUGAGGACACCCAGGUCUUCGGAGACUUGCCCAGACCUCGGCUCAACACCAGCGACUUCCAGAAACUGAAGCGGAAAUACUGA